AAAAGUAAUCUAUCACUUUGCCCGAGGUAAAGAGGUGAAGAGAAGCCAAUGAGAGAAGGGAGGGUGGGAGAAGGCACAAGUAUGGCAUGGGUCGCGGCUGUAAUAUACUUGUACGUCACCUUGUUUUUAGGGAAAGGGGCCUCCGAAAAUGAUAUUAAAGCACCAGGAGCUACAGGCAGAGGACAUGUCAUCAUGGGAGGGAUGUUCUCCAUUCAUCAAAGUGUGGAAAACACUGACCAUUCCUUUGCUCCCCAGCCUCAAACUUGUUCUAGGUUAUCAGUUGGAGCCUUGGCACUAUCUCUGAGUAUGAUCAACGCAAUUGAGGUUAUGAAUAGAUCUCCCUUACUGACGGAUCUUAACAUCACUCUGGGCUACCGGAUUCAAGACUCAUGCACUGAUGUCAGCACAGGUCUGAGAGCCACAGCUGACUUCAUAGAGCAGGCAAAGUGUGUAACGAGACACAACUCCUCCAAGUGCGAUCAGCCAGUUGUCACCAUCUUGGGAGCUUCUUUUUCUGAACUGUCUAUUGUUGUUGCCCGGCAACUAGCCCUCGACAUGAUUCCCCAAAUCAGUUAUUCAUCAACAGCUGUGAUUCUGAGUGACAAGCACCGCUUCCCCAGCUUCUUGAGGACAGUUCCUAAUGAUGAGCACCAGACAGCUGCUAUGGUCAGACUAAUCAAUCUCCAUGGCUGGAACUGGGUGGGAAUGGUAAUCUCGGAUGGUGAUUAUGGCCGCUCAGCACUUGAGCACUUUGCAAUGCAAGCAUCUGAAAAUGGAAUCUGUAUAGCAUUCAGAGCCAUCCUUCCAUACACUGGUACAGAUGAGGAUUUAGACCUUGCCGUCAGGCAGGCUGCCCAAACCAUCUUUCAAAAUCCCAAGGCACAGGUGAUCGUGUCCUUUACAAAGUCAACUCACAUGGCAGACCUUUACCAGGAACUGAGGAAUGAGAUGAUGAGAAGAGGACAAAGCGUAGAGUCAAUGAGAAGAGUGUGGUUGGCCAGUGACAGUUGGUCCACCUCAGCCUCUGUGCAAGAAGACUUAACCCUCGAGGACAUAGGACAGGUUGUGGGUUUCAACUUCAGAACUGGAAACAUGGCAUCUUUCAACGAGUACCUGGACAGACUGGAGGCAACUGGAUAUAACCACACACAGAAUAACACCUUCCUGGAAGAAUUGUUCAUGCUGGUGAAUGAAAGUAACGUUUCUGGAAACACUGACCUGCUGCCAUCUGAAGUUGUGCAGGCCAUCAAAGGAAAAAUUAACCCGGCCACAAUCCAUAGCGUCGAAUUGGCUGUGGCUGCCACUGCUCAAGCUAUAGCCUCCGUCUGCAUGAACAGAGAUUGCAAAACCCCGGGCAACCUGCAGCCCUGGGAGGUAUUGGAGUCUCUUCGGCUCCAUGAAUUUGAAGGUCAAGGGAAAACUUACACAUUUGACAGCCAAGGAGACAUCAACCAAGGAUAUGAUGUCACUAUAUGGAGGUCACUUGAAGGGAAAAUUAACGUUCAUGACAUUGUGGCUGAGUACGAUUCUCAAACAAAUAGCUUCACCUUAACAAACAGCAACUCCAGCGGUCGUUUUCAAGACUUGCAGCAUGUAAUCUCCAAGUGUUCCAAUAGCUGCAUUCCCGGGGAGUUCAAGAAAACAUCCGAGGGUCAACACACUUGUUGUUAUGAGUGCAUCAACUGUACGGAGAAUUACUACUCCAACGACACAGAUACGGACGAAUGUUUGAGCUGUGAUAAAAACACCGAGUGGUCUCCUCGGGGAAGCGCCAUUUGCUUUCCCAAAACUCUCAUCUUCUUCAAGUGGCAGGACCGCUUUGCCGUGUGCCUCCUGGCAUUCUCUGUUCUGGGCAUCCUGCUGGUUCUGAUGGUGUCAGCACUGUUUAUACAUAAGCGAGACACCCCUGUGGUGAGAGCCGCCGGAGGACCCCUGAGCCAAGUCAUCCUGUACUCUUUGGUUGUCAGUUACAUCAGUGCCGUGCUUUUUGUCGGUAAGCCCAGCAGCCUUCAGUGUAAAGCAAGACAAGUGCUCUUUGGCAUCAGUUUUACUGUGUGUGUGUCCUGCAUCCUGGUCAAAUCCCUUAAGAUCCUUCUUGCAUUCCAGUUGAAUAUAGACAUGCAGGGUGCACUCCAGAAAGUCUACCACUCCUACUUGAUUGUCCUUGCAUGUGUAGCAUUACAGGUUACCAUUUGCAUCUGCUGGCUUGUCCUCAAAAGCCCUUAUAAAGAGAUUAUUUCGCAGCCCCAAACUCUGCUGGAAGACUGUCAUGAAGGAUCAUAUUUGGCAUUUGGUGUGAUGUUAGCGUAUAUAGCACUUUUGGCUUUUGUUUGCUUCAUCUGUGCCUUCGUGGGGCGUAAAUUACCACAGCGGUACAACGAUGCUAAAUUCAUUACCUUCAGCAUGUUGCUUUACCUUAUCUCCUGGCUAAUCUUUGUCCCCAUCUACAUCACAACAUAUGGAAUGUAUCUUCCAGCUGUGGAAAUGGUGGUCAUUCUCAUCUCCAACUACGGCAUCUUAGGCUGUCAUUUCCUCCCUAAGUGCUAUAUAAUACUUUUUCGAAAAGCCCAAAACACCACCAGUGCUUUCAGGAAAAAACUGUAUGAGUAUAAUGUAAAAAUUACAGAUUCGUUUUCUGUCUCUGGAAGUUCAGUGUCAGAGAAACAGCUUGGCAUUCAGCAGAGUGUCAGACAUUCUUCGUCCUCCUCACCCAUAGAGGACUAUGUGAAACCUGCUGUGGAGAAAAACUACAGUAACAGAGACAGUUUUGAAGUUUCAUACAGAGGCAAAAAUAAAUUCAUCAAUCGAUAUAAUUCCUACAGAAGAAGCAUCAGCUUCUAGGCUGUCCCUGACGAAGGACUAUCCAUCCAUUAGCUAUCUCAUGAGGGUGUUAGAUGAUAACAUGAAAAAGCAAACAUUUGAAAAUGGGUCUGAAAGUUUUUGAAAAUUAUUGUUCAUGCUACGGUAAAAUGUUCAAAAUGGUUGUCAGUAAAAACUAAGCCAUGCAUGCGUGAUAGUCCCAGUGCACACAAAGACAAUUGGGCUGUUUUUGUCCUGAUUUUGCCUCUUCCUUACCAAAGACAUCAAACGACGGACUAUUGUAUGCCUUAUAAGAUUACGCUAUAAGAUUAUCUUUAGGUCUGAAGUGUGUUAAGAGUGGAUUUGUCCCGAUAAUAGGGUCCCAAACGGAUCGGGGCCGACGAGCUCAAAUAUUGAACGCGUUUGAUAUUUCCGAACAAAAAUCUUUGUGUUGGGGAAUGCCGUCAUCUUCCGAGUCAUGACGCUAUGACAUGUUAGUUUAAUUGAAGACGAAUGUUAGUUUAAUUGAAGACAAAUUGUCCGUAUGUGCAAAUGUGAGUGUGAACAGUUGUCUACAUGUGCCCUGUGAUUGACUGGUGAUAUAGAAAAUGGAUGGAUGAAUAGCCGAUGCCCAGUGAGUUUGAAAACACAAGAAGAUGAGUCAUGAAGGAUCAGUCUCGUGUUUCUCACAAUGAAUUUGGAUUAAGAAACUGCAGUCCUGAAUGCCUUCAGCAAGGUUGUUGACAUUGAUUGGCAUUUAGGAAUGUGGACAAGCUAACUAAGUACUGUACUCUUCAUCGGGACACAAAUGUCACUGGAUCCUGUUCGCACGAAAUGCAUAAUUGUCGCAUUAACGCACUGGCACAACUUUAAAAAAAGACAGGUAAUGGAAAGUGGCAAAUAUUUUGACACCCAAAUAUUUUAGCUUUGUACAACAACAAUGGAAACCAGUGGAAAAGUUAUUGGCAUUCUAACAAUAUUGUUUCUAGUGAUGUCACAAAAGGCAGCUCAUCUGUAUUGAACUUAGUGUAACCAGUUUGCUUCCACUGCUCUAUUUUAACCUCAGGCUUUUUAAUUAAUUAAAAGUCUUAGGUAAUGGAACAGUAUACAUUUACAGUGUCACUCCCUUUGCAUGCAAGCCAAAGAGGCUAUGUAUUCAUUGUGUACCACACCAAUACCACCAGCGACUUGACUAUUUAUAGGAAACAUUAUGUCGAGGUGGGGCAUGGGUCUAUAUGGAACACACUACAUUUUGUUGUGGAACUCGAUAAAGGUGCAGAUCCAUUUAUUUUUUAGUUCUUUUUUUUUCUCAAUUGCAAGGGCAUUAUUUACAGUUCCUUAAUUUCUUUCUGAAUUAUUAAUUGCACAGUUAAGGCCCAUGCAGGCGGUGGGUGUCUAUGAAUGUGUGCAAUUUUGAUGCUGAUCCAAAAUGGGGUCGUUAGUCUAUGCUGAGUGACAUUUGAUAGGUAAUUAAUUAUACAUGGGCUCAUUCAAUGCCUCAUUCAAUUAGCAUUAUAAAUAGUAUUGGUUUAAACAAUUCUCCUAACAUAUCCAUGUGUGAGAAGUACAAGAACAGUAUUGGGCAAAAUACUUGUGACAGAUUUUUGUCAAGCAAAGCAAAGCAAACCUCCGUUUAGCCAUGAACAGAAUUAAAUCUAGGUCCACACCUAUCAUAAAACUUGUUCAAAUAAGUAAACUGCAUGCUUGAAAUCCUUGUCUGGGGUGAAAUAUAAAUUAUGAAGUAUUAAAUUAUCUAAUAUUUGCACUCAUUUUUGUAUUUCAAGGCAUCAUCUUAGGUCACGUCUAUAAAAUAAAUAGGAAAGAGAUGCAUGCCAUGUUUGAACGUGAGUUUACUUUCCAGUGCGUGCAAGUGAUUUAAUCUUUUAACCUAUUUGUCCAUCAUGUUGUCUUGAUGGCAUGCAGAUAUAAAGGAAACAUGACAGUGAGAAAUUCCCACACAUACGAGAUCAGAUUUAAAAAUAAUGAAUUAAUUCAUAGGAUGUCUGGUGUCACAGAGUGAACGUAAACAGCCUCAGGUGUGGCAUGUCAACAAGUUUCGUGCAGACACACAAACAAAAAGCCCCAACCACAAAGUUGUCAAUCUGGUUGUGUGACAAAGACUCAGCACAUGAAGGAAGGGUGAAGAGAAACCUUUUUUUUUUUUUUUUUUUUUAAAUGCCUCCAAAAAUUCCAUCUAAUCCCUUUCAGUCCUUGCCCUUUUAGUGGAUAUGUUAACAGAAAAAAUGGGGGAAUUGGGACAAAAGAAAAUAGUAAAUGAUUUAUUGCAACAACAAAAAUCCCCUCAAGGUCACCAUUUUAGUUAUGCAGGCAGCUAAUUGCCCUACAAGCUCAACAGAAAUGUGACGUUUUCUCCUACCAUUAAGUUUUGAAAAUUGCAAGUGAAAUGAGAGAUCAGAAUCGAGAACGGGUUGUCGCGUCAUCGCUUUGUUGAUUUAAUCACAUUUAACAAAGAGCAACCUAGUGGGUUUUUCCCAUGCUUCUUUUUACUUGUGUUCUGUUGGAGUCAAAAUCAUUGAUUAAAUGAUGUAAGUAUUGGAUUUUUGAUGUGUAAUUCUGAAAACAAUGCUUUAGUGCUUAAGAUGACAUUUGGGUAAUGUAUUUCGCAGUGAAGGGUGCAUUGUUAAAGAUAUGCCUUGUCUUUUGUCUUUGAUGGUAUAGUCAGCUUGAGCAGCAGAACCUGCUGCAAACAAAAGUAAGCUAUUACUUUGAAGCUUAAUGCAAAUUGUGCAAUAUACCUUGUGCUACUGUUACAUACUAUAUAUGCUCAUAUGUGUAAUAUGCAAUGUUAUUUUUGUACAGCUUUUUGCAUGUUAUACAGUGAACCCCCGCAUAUUUGUGAUUCGGCAUUCGCAAACUCACCUUUUUGUGGAUUUUGGGGAGAACCUAUCCUCCGUUAUUCAUUAAAAAAACUUGAAAAACCUGUUCACUCUUUUUAUGCUCAGGCCAAAACAAUACAAGUAUUACUCUUGCAUCUUGUUGUUGUCAAUUUUAAUUUAUCGAUGGCAUUUUUGUUUGCAUUUGAGAUGUCCAGUUUUGUGAGCGGUGAAAGUUGAUUUUGCUUCCUUCACGACGCAGCGACUAAAAGUCCCUGUCGUCUACUUGCUGUUCCAGUUUGCCUCUAUUCUUUAACAUUUAUUUUUGAAUGUAAAUAACAUAAGGUGAGUGUAAUUGCUUACACCGUAUUUGUGCUAGUAUGCCUAUUUGUUUGCCCAUGCCAGUUUGUGCUAGCGUGUUACUUAGGCUUGUAUGCUAGCUAAUACUACUGAUGAGCCUCAUUUGUAUGCGAUUUGAUUGUGUUGAAUAAUUUCAUUACUGAAUACAGUUGUUUAUUACAGUGGCUGAGAAGUGCAAAACAAUAUAAUAAAUUGUGAGACACAUUUCAGACAACAAAUUAACAAAGGUUGAAACAAAUUUACAUUUCAGAAAACAAAUUUACAAAAGUUGAAAACAUUUACAUUUCAGGGGGAAAAAAACAAAAAAUAAAUAAAUAAAUCGACAAAACAUGAAAAAGUGUUUCAGCUUCUCCGAAAUGUUAAUUUGUUUCGACUUUUGUUAAUUUGUUUUUUGAAAUGCUGAAGUGUUUCACAAUUUGUUUAAAUUGUUUUGCACUUCCCAGCCACCGUAGUUCAUGUAACAUGGAUUCAUGAUUGUGUACAUGCUACAUGCAUUGUGUUGAAACUUUGAUGAUUAUUCUUUUUCUGUGUUAUUACAGACCACAGUAAAUUAAUUCCAAAUAGCAUGCCAGUCUUUUUGGAAUGGAGCACACCCCAUCAGUACCUUGCCACUGUAAAAAAAUGGAACUCCUGGAGACAUCAUACAGUCCCUUUAAAAAAUAAAUACAAAUAACAAUACUCUGUUUUAAGUGCUUUACUACCAUCUUAUGCCAUCAAUAGGCAAUUACAAACCCCUUGUCAAUUACUCGCAGAUUUUUACUUUUCGCAGCAGGGCGCGGUACCCCUCCCCCACUUAUCGUGGAGGUUCGCUGCAUAUUAGUGGUCUCUUUUUAUUGAUGACUGGAAUAAUUCAAAAUUCUGAAUUAUUUUGACCUUGAUAAUUAUUUUCAUACCGUAUUCUCUGAAAUAGAAUUUCAUAUAUUCAUAUUUUGAAGAAUAUCAGCAGUGCUGCUAGUAUUUAUUUUACAAUAUAGUAACUAAUUUACUUUACAUGACGAGUGUUCCUUCUAGAAAGUUUAUGCAAGAAAAAUGUGUGUGCAUGACAAACAGUUCUAACUGGUAAUGAAUAUUGCAGAUAAAAUGCAAAGAAUACAGUAGUGGCAAAGCAUGAACAGCAUUAUAACUAUUCCGUGGAGGUGUUAUGUCUGUGAUUUGGGAAUGUCAAUAAAUUAUGUCAAUUA